AUGCUACUACAUCAUCUACCACGGCUCCUUUUGUUCCUCUCUACUAUUAGUAGCCAUGUACUACUACUGACACUCGCAGAUCCAGUAGUGGACUUGGCGGCCCCCACUAUGGGAUUCAUGAGUUGGGAACGUUUUCGAUGUACCAUUGAUUGUAACGACGAUCCCACGCAUUGCAUCAGCGAACAAUUGUACCAAAGUAUGGCCGAUGCACUCGUGUUGCACGGAUACGCUGCAGCCGGAUAUACCCAAGUCUCGAUUGACGAUUGUUGGACGGAUCAUCAACGCUUUCAAGGGCGUUUGCAAGCCGAUCCCACGCGCUUUCCCCAUGGCAUUGCGGCGUUGGCGGACUAUUUGCACGCCGCUGGAUUGACGCUGGGCAUCUAUGGGGAUGCCGGAAUUCAAACCUGUGGACACUACCCGGGAUCACAGGGAUACGAAGACAUUGACGCCAGGACGUUUGCGGAAUGGGGUGUCGACUAUAUCAAGUUGGAUGGCUGUCAUAUUGACGACGACGCUACAACUACUUCUAGUCAUGAGCAAGGCAACAAGUAUCGCCAACGAUACGUCGCCUUUGGCGCUGCCAUGGCCAAAGUCUCCCACAUUCGCAACAUGACAUUUUCCUGUAGUUGGCCGGCAUAUAUUGGAGACAAUGAAACCGACAAACCCUUUGACGUCAUGUACCAUCAAGCGGGAUGCAAUACGUGGCGCAAUUUCAAGGACAUUGACAAUCAUUGGGAGUCUUUGUCAGAAAUCAUUUUGCACUGGGCCGACUACUGGCACGAGUUGCAAAAUAUUCCAACAGGAUCUUUCAAUGAUGCCGACAUGUUGAUUGUGGGAGAUGAUCAUUAUGGAACCAUGCUGCCACGACCCCAAGCUCAAUUGCAAAUGGGGUUUUGGGCCAUGAUUGCCUCGCCACUCCUCAUUGGAGGAGACGUUCGUACCAUUCCCGAAGAGUAUCGCAAGAUUCUCGUGAACCAACACAUUAUUGCCGUCAAUCAAGAUGUCUCUCGCAAACAGGCCUAUUGUGUCGUGGGAUGCAAAGGGACGACGAACACAGACGACGACGCAUUUGAAGAAUUGAGAACAACAUCUGCCCUGAAACAAGUCUGGAGCAAAACCUUGCAGGGAGGACAUAGUCAGGCAUUAGGAUUCUUCAAUCUGCAGGAAGACGAUGAUGCCACUAUUCAGUAUAUUUACCAGUUGGAAGGAGUGGUCGCUCAAUGCGUCGACCUGUGGAGUGACGAUCCAAACAAGGAUCUAUGUGCACAAGGCAAGGGAGCCACCACGCAACAGUGGGAUAUUCAUCUCCUUACCAAGGACGAUAAUCACUACUCCUUACAGAUUCAAGCCCUGGAGAUGGAACCCACAUCGCAUCGCAUGCUACGAAUUGAUUACUAUUGCGACAACUCGAAUCAGCAACUAACGUUUGGCGGAGGACAAGUUAGUGAGUGA